AUGUCAACAACAGAGAACACAACAACUGCUAUCGUUCAUGAAGCCAUAAAUGAAGAAUACGAAUACAUACAGUAUAACAAACAAUUGAGACUCAUUCGUUCAGUCAAAGAUGACAUGUACCAAAUGCAAAGUAUAAUGAAUGCUCUUCUUUCUACAAAGCAAGCAUAUCAUUGGUUUGAAAACCAACAGGCAAAAGAACUUUUAGAAGAAUUUCCUCAUAUGAUUGCUUCCCUCGGAAAACCGAGGGAAGAGAUUCCGUACGAAAAUCGCAAGAAUUUGGCACCUGGUUUGAAAGGUUAUUAUGUUCAUAGACUUCUUGUAAAUGCUGUAGCAAUGUGGGCUUCACCUCGUUAUGCUUGUUAUAUUUUCAUGAUGUUAGAUGAACUAUAUAAAGCAGAACGUGGAGAGAUGGAAAAGAAACUUCAAGCAAAAGAUGAAGUCAUUGAAUCCAAAGACAAAAGCAUACAGAAAAGAAUACCACGUUCGGUACCAAAAGGAAAGGAAAAGAGUUAUAAGUAUAUGAUUUACGCUGAAGAGUUGGAGAAAGAAGAAGAUAGAGAUAUGGUUAUGUUGCAUUUAGUCAGAAGAAACAACAAAAGCUUUUACGACCUUGCUAAGAUUUACAAAUCUGACAG